AAAUUGUUAUUUUUAAUCAGAUGCAAGAAACAGCAUCACAACAUUUUCAUAAAACUAUUCUUAUUAAAAAAUGAUGUAUUCUUGUUUAGUGAUUAAAUCAAUUUUAUUAUUUUUAAUAAUUUUACCAUUAUUUGUGUCGGCCAGCUCAAUACAGCAAAAUUAUUGUGAUAUUACGUGCAAAAAGAGUUCAAAAGUGUAUAAGCACACAAUGUGCGUUAAUAAAGGAUGUCCUAUUAAAGGUACAUGUGCAAAAAUUCAACAAACACUAUUAACUGAAUCUGAAAAACGUUAUGUGCUACAUAUCCACAACAAAUUACGGAACCGUAUUGCAAGUGGUCAAGUAGUGAAACAACCGAAAGCAGCAAACAUGAAUCAAUUAAUAUGGGAUGAAGAACUAGCACAUAUUGCACAAUGCUGGGCGAAUGCUUGCCAAUUUGAACAUGAUCAAUGUCGUGAUAUAAAAGGAGAACGUGUCGGCCAAAAUAUCGGUGUAUUUGGUUCAACGAAAUCAUUGAAACAAAUUAAAGGAACCGCUUCUCUUGGAAAAAUAGUCAAUAAUUGGUUUAAAGAAGUCAAUUUAUACAAUUCGACAUUUGUAAAGAAACAUGCAUCGAAUCCAAAAUGUGGACAUUAUACACAACUUGCAUGGGGCAGUACAACUCGUGUAGGAUGUGGACAAAUAUUUGGAUUUAAUAAGAAAGGUAAUAAAACCUUUAAUCGAAUUUAUCUGUAUUGUAAUUAUGCAGAAUCGGGAAAUUGGUUACGUGAACCCGUCUAUGUGGAAGGAAGACCUUGUAGUAAAUGUAAAUCCAGAAAAUGUAGUAAAAAAUACAAAUCAUUGUGUUCGAAUCCAUUGAAACGGAAGGGUUUUAAUUUAACAUCAUAAUUGCGUAAAUCGCAAAAAAAAAUUAGAUUCGUAUUGAAAAUUUUCCGUAGAAAACCAUGAUUAAAAGUAUGUCAUUCUAUACCAUCACGCGUUAAUCCAAAAUAGAAGAUUUUGCAAAAUAGAUGUCCAAUUUUUAAAAGUCGGAAA